GCGCCGAGGCCACACCCAGCGGCGAGCCGAUCCGGCCGCGAGUCGCCCCGCGCCCCAGCCCCGCGGAGCCCGCCCGGCGCACCCCCCGCGAGCGAGCGAGCCCGGCGCCCCGCGGCCGCCCGGCCGAGAGCGCACGCCGCCGCCAUGAUCGCUUUGUUCAACAAGCUGCUGGACUGGUUCAAGGCGCUGUUCUGGAAGGAGGAGAUGGAGCUCACGCUGGUCGGGCUGCAGUACUCGGGCAAGACAACCUUCGUGAACGUGAUCGCGUCAGGACAGUUCAACGAGGACAUGAUCCCCACGGUCGGAUUCAACAUGCGCAAGAUCACCAAGGGGAACGUCACCAUCAAGCUCUGGGACAUCGGGGGACAGCCCCGCUUCCGCAGCAUGUGGGAGCGCUACUGCCGAGGAGUGAGCGCCAUCGUGUACAUGGUGGACGCCGCUGACCAGGAGAAGAUCGAGGCCUCCAAGAACGAGCUGCACAACCUGCUGGACAAGCCCCAGCUGCAGGGGAUCCCGGUCUUAGUCCUGGGAAACAAGCGAGACCUCCCGGGAGCCCUGGACGAGAAGGAGCUGAUUGAGAAAAUGAAUCUGUCUGCCAUCCAGGACCGAGAGAUCUGCUGUUACUCCAUUUCCUGCAAAGAAAAGGACAACAUUGACAUCACCCUACAGUGGCUUAUCCAGCACUCGAAGUCACGGAGAAGCUGAGACUGCGGCGGCCCCUCACCCUCGGACCAGGGACCCACCCGCCACCCAGACCUGAAGCCGAGCUCCGCGCCC